AUGGAGGUGUCUGAACGCGCGCGACUCCAACAGCUGCUUAACGAGGAAGACUUGGGCGACAGGAAGCCUUCGCAAAUGUUGCACCGGAUGAGACAACUUCUCAGGGACUCUUCAACUGAAGCGCAACAGCCCCUUUUGCGUGUGCUGUUUCUCCAGAGGCUCCCCCAGGCAAUGCGAAUGGUUUUGGCUGACUCUGAGGACCUAACGUUGGACAGGCUGGCUUCGCUGGCAGACCGAAUUGCCGACUACUCCGCACCUCUGCAACAACCGCCUACCCUUGCUGCGGCUACGACGUCCCAAGCCUCGCGAUUAGAUCGGCUCGAACAACGACUGGAGCAACUUACGGACGCCUUGCAGUCCCUAACUACUUCCCAGCGCCCAAGGCUUCGUCGCCGUUCUGCUUCGAGAUCCUCAUUGCGCCGCACCCCUUCGCCCGCUGCCCCAACACCUGCCGAUGCCACCCAGACGGGGGCUCGUCUCUGUCGGUACCACCACCGCUUUCGCCAUCGUGCCCAGCACUGUAUCUCGCCCUGUGCGUGGCAGGAAAACCAACGGGCCGACCCCUGA